AUGCUUCCAUUGGGGAUAUCGUCUGGUCUACUUCCUCUGGCCAGCGACAAGAGGCAAGAAGCCGAAACCCUUGGAUUCACCGAAAUACCAGGCUGUCUUCCGAUUGAGACUACACAAUUUCUGAUACGUUUAGUGCGCGGCCACGUCGCAACGGUGACGGAAGCUGGAUGUCACAUCUUGAUCAACAUACUCUUGUUGAGAGUUGUAUCGGUCAUGUGUUCGGGUACCACGACGGUGAACAUAAUUCCAGAAUUCCCUGUCCCUAUUGGGAGGGGACUCCCCUCUUGGGGGCCCGCAAUCGUUCCUUCCGCAUGGGGCCCGUCGGGGGGGGGUCGCUUUCAGGGUGGUCGUUUCGUCCGCCUCAGCGGGGGUCGCUUGUGGUCGCCUUUGUCAUCGCUUAUCAAUGGACUCUUGUCAUCCAAGUGGCGCAUCACCUUAGUCAUCGCUUAUUAA